AUGAUCGACGUAGGCUCAACCGGCUCCAGAAUCCACGUCUACAAAUCCAACAACUGCAGCCCUUCCCCUGAACACGACUACGAAGCAUUUAAAAGGACACGACCUGCUGUCCGCGUCGUGCCUAAUACCAUGCACGGGUGUACACUUGUAGCUGUCAAAGCUACCGCUGUACUUUGUUUGUUACCCGGUUCACAAGGUGCUGACAUUUCGGAGGCGGUGGAAAGGAGGAUACGCUCCUCUUAUCCCUUCCAGGUACAGGAGAAAGAUGGAGUGGUAGAAAAGACGAGGGCGUGUACUCAUGGAUUACGGCGAAUUACCUCUUGGGAACCAUCAAAGCCUCCACACCGCCUGAUACACCCACCUACGCCGUCCUCGACCUCAUAA